AUGUCAAUUCCAAAAGUUAAAAAACGAACAUAUCUGUUUUUUGGAUGUAGAGAAUGUAAAAGAAGAAAAAUAAAAUGUAAUGAAGGAAAACCAUCAUGUUUUGAAUGUACAAGAUUAAAUAAACAAUGUUCAUAUCCUAAAAUUGGUGAAAAAGUUAAAAGAAUAUCUAAAAAGGAAUUACAAAAUAAUGUUGAAUCUACAACUACUAAACCUUUGAAUAUAUUGAUGUAUAAUGGACCUAAUAAAAAGAAAAAGAAGAGUGAUGAUAAAGAUGACAAAAAAGAAGAACCACAAUCUGAACAACAACAACAAGAUCAACAACAAGAACUUUACCCUUAUAGUGGUAUCAAUUCCAAAAUUUCGUCAAAACCUUUUCCACAUAGUAAUAUUAGAAACCCACCGGAAAGUAAUAUAAGAAAUCAACCGAAACCUAUACAAGAAACAAAUUUUUAUCAAGCUCCAUCAAUUGAAACAACUCAAGAAAUUAAUCACAAUAAUGAUAAUAUUCAAAACCAUACCAUUAAUCAAAAUCAAGUAAUUGAUCAAAAUCAAAUUGUUGAUCCAACAUCUUUAUUAAUUGGUGAUGUUUAUAAUAAUGAUGAUUUAAAUUUAUUAGCAACAGAUUUAAAUAAUUUAGUUAAUGAUAUUUUAUUUACUUCAAACAUGGAUCAAGCUCAAUAUAAUCAAGAUUUUUUUGAUCCACUGACUAUAACUACUCCAUUUAUUGAUGAUAUACCAAAAUUUAUACCAGUUGAUUUUAUAAAACUUAAAACUAAUGAAGAAAAAAAAUAUUUACAAGAAUUUUAUGAUAAUUUUGCAAUGCAAAUGUUACCAUUUGGAGCUUAUGAUAAAUUUAUUGGAAGAUAUUCAAAUCCUAUACGUGAUGUUAUUAUGAAAUAUGCAACUGAACCAUUUUUAUUAUGUGCUGUAUUAUCACAAGGUGCAAGAUUAAUUUAUGAAAGAGAUAAUGAUAGUCAAGAUUUUGAAAAUUAUGGAAAUUAUUUAUCAACAUGUUUAAAAUUAUUAGGACCUGCAUUAAGUAGAAAUAAAGAAAAUUUAGUUGUUGAUGUUGAAACUAUUUUAAUAACAGUUUUAUUAUUAGCAUCAUCAAAUGCAAGUACUGAAAAACAAAGUUGGAGACCUCAUUUAAAAGGAGCAAAAGAUAUUAUAUUAAAAGCUACAACAAAAAAACUGUCAACAACUAUAACAUUAUGUAAACUUUGGUUUGCAGAUUUUGAAAUUUUAGCUGGUCUAAGUUCAAAUUUAGGUGGUACUUUACAACCAAAAGAAAUUGAUUUAAUUUUUAAUUUUGAAGAUGAAUUUGUUCAAUUAGUUUUAAAACAAUUUAAUUUAAUUCAAGAUAAUGGAUUUUGUGUUAUGACUGGUUAUCAUUUAAAUAGUUUAAGAUAUUUAAGAAAUUUAUCUGAUUUAAUUAGACAAGAAUGUGAUUCUUUUAAUUAUCUUGAAUUAAUUAAUGGAUUUUAUCAACAAUAUCAAAUAACUUAUAUAUCUCGAGAUUGUAAAGUUGACUCAACACUUCAAAAUCAAUUAACAGAAUUAAUGGAUACAAUUCAUAAUCCAGAUGGUUCAAUAACAAUAAUAAGUUGGAUGGAUAUUUCUCAACAAGCAUUUUCAUUAGCUGGUCUAAUUACAAUAUUUAUAGAUAUUUUAAAAAAUCCUCCUGAAUCUUCACAUGUUAAAAAUUUAGUUUCAAAAUUAAUUGGAUUAUUAAAUUUAAUUGAAAAUGCAAUACCUUCAAAAAUGUCUUUCCCAUUUGGAUUUUCAAUGAUUCAAUGGCCCAUAUCAGUUGGUGCAAUAAAUUGUUUAAAUAAAUCUCAAUUCUCAUUAAUUGAAAAAUUUUUUAGAAUGUGUUAUGAUCAAGGUUCAUAUACUGCUAAUUUAACAUUUGAAAAAAUUAAAAAGACAUGGGAAAUGAGAGCCUUGGGUGUAGAAACUAAACAUGAUGAUGGUUCAAAAAUUGAUAGAAUUGUAUAUUAG